AUGGCCUCUAUUCGCGUUCUUUCCUUCGAUGCUGAGGGCCGUCCCGUGCAGUUCACUUCCUGGCUCGACGACCUGCAGUUGUAUCUUAUGAGCAAUAGCACGGACCACAUCUCCCUCUAUGACUACGCGUCUGGUGCUGCCGCUGCUCCUGCUGCCACAGCCGAGCUUAGUGUUCGUUCCCACUGGCAGACUCGUGACGCAGCUGCUCGCCUAGCCAUUCGCAGUCACCUGCCGCUAGCUGAGCUCGAGCAUUUUGGCGACUGCAAAUCCGCUAAGGCCCUGUACGAUGCUGUCGUUGCUCGCUACUCCUCGCCUGCCACAGCCGAGCUUAGCCGCCUCAUGCUGCCGUACCUGUUCCCCGAUCUGUCCACCUUUACUACAGUCGCCGAUCUUAUCACCCACCUUCGCACUAGUGAUGCUCGCCUGCGUGCCGCCCUUCCCACCGAGUUCUGCGCUAAGAACCCCCCUCCACUGUACUGGACACUACACUUCAUAGUCACCCGUCUCCCUGACACCCUCCGCUCAGUUCGAGACCACUUCCUUGCUCGCUGUCCCACUGAGCUCACUGUCGCCCUCCUAGAGGAGCAGCUGCUCGCGGCCGAAAAGAGCAUUGUAGCUGUCGGUGCUGCUCGUGGCGCUCCUCGCACCCCCAUCUUUGAGGGGUGUUCUCCCUCUCCCCUCGCUCCCUCCUACACUGCUGCUGCUGCUGUUGACUUCCUUGGUGCUGAGUCUGUUGGCGCUGCUUCUGCUCCUGGUGGGAGGCGCCGCACCGGCAAGGGCAAGGGGGGCAAGGGUGGUGGUGGUGGCGCUGGGGGGGGAGGAGGUGGGGGAGGUGGGGGGGGAGGCGGUGCUGGAGGGAGCGGUGGCGGGAGCGCUGGUGGGAGUGGGGUCGGUGGUGGAGGCGGGGGCGGCGGAGGAAGCAGUGGCAGUAGUGGCGGCGGCGGCGGUGGCGGCGGCGGCGGUGGCGGCGGUGGCGGCGGUGGCGGUGGUGGCGGUGGUGGCGGUGGUGGCGGUGGUGGCGGUCGGAGCGGUGGUAGUGGUGGCGGCGGAGGUCGGAGUGGAGGCACUGGCUCGGGCCAGAGCUCCCAGCAGCAGCAGCGUCCCCAGACGACCCAGCAGCUUCGUGAGUGGCUUGCUCAGCGUGGGACGUCGGGGGGCAGUGGCCGCUGUUCUUAUGUCAUUCGCACAGGUGACCGCAAGGGACAGACGUGUGGGAGGUUCCACACCCCGUACCGCUGCUUCUCCCGCCUUGACGACGCUUGGCGUGAGGAGAUGGGUGCGGAUGUUGAGCGCCCCCGCUGGGCUGAGCUCAUGAGGGCUGGUGUCGAUGUCUUUGCUCUUGACUAUGAUGCUAUUAUUGCUGCCAUGUAUGCAUUGACUGUUAGUGCCGAGGGAGACUGUUACUUGUGUGUGCCGCCUGACCCAGGUAUAGAGCCCGCUGCCCUGGGUACUAGUGAGUCUGCUCUCUCUGGUAUGGUGCCCCCUGUACUUGCUCCCUCCAGUGCUGUCCCGGCUGGUUUCGAGUCUGCUCUCUCAGGUACAGCACCCACAGAGACUGCUCUCUCAGGUACCCCACCGGCUGAGGCCUGUCACACCUUCACCCUUGACUCAGGUGCUUCCCGUUGCUUCUUUCGUGACAGUACUGAGCUCACACCGCUUCCUGCACCGGUCCCAGUCUCCUUGGCUGACCCCUCUGGGGGCCCAGUCCUUGCCCAGUCCACCACUGUCCUCCCUUGUCCGGCGGUUCCGUCUGGCUCGUUGUCGGGUUUCCACCUCCCCUCGUUCUCGACGAACCUGGUGAGCAACGCUGUCCUCCAGGAUCAGUGGGUUGACACCUUUACCCCUGGAGGACAGCGUGUGGCGAUCUGCACGUGCUCCAGGACCGGCCGUCACCUGGCUACGUUUACCCGUCGGCCGGGGUCGAGUCUCUACACACUGACCACUGCGUCUCCUCAGGUCGCUGCUGUCGGUCAGGUGUCUGCGUCAGGUCUGGUAGCCCACGCCUGUGAGUGUCGUUCCCUGUCGCACCAGACUCUUCUCUGGCACCACCGCCUGGGUCACCCCUCCUUGCCACGCCUUCGUGGCAUGCACCGUCGCCACCUUGUGUCUGGUCUUCCCAGGUCCCUCCCUCCCCUCCCUGCCUCGCCUGCGCCGCCUUGCCUUCCUUGCGUCGAGGGGCGGCAGCGCGCCGCUCCUCACUCCUCCUCGUUCCCCCCGACAGAGGCUCCUCUGCAGACCCUCCACCUGGACGUGUGGGGCCCAGCCCGCGUUCGUGGUCAGGGCGGUGAGCGGUACUUUUUGCUGGUUGUCGACGACUACUCGCGUUACACCACGGUCUUCCCCUUGCGCACCAAGGGUGAGGUCCCUGCUGUUCUGAUCCCUUGGAUCCGCACGGUUCGUCUCCAGCUCCGCCGCCGUUUCCGGACGGAUCUUCCUGUCCUGCGUCUGCACUCUGACAGAGGUGGUGAGUUUUCCUCCGAUCUCUUGAGGACCUUCUGUCAGGCGGAGGGCAUCGAGCAGACCUUCACGCUUCCGGACUCCCCACAGCAGAAUGGGGUUGCUGAGCGCCGCAUUGGCCUGGUCAUGGAGGUCGCUCGUACCUCCCUGGUUCAUGCGGCGGCUCCCCAUUUUCUGUGGCCGUUUGCUGUCCGGUACGCCGCGCAUCAGCUCAACCUCUGGCCCCGUGUCUCCUUGCCGGAGACCUCGCCCACACUGCGUUGGACGGGGGAGGUUGGCGAUGCGUCGCGCUUCCGGGUGUGGGGUGCUCGUGCCCUUGUCCGCGAUACGUCCGCGGACAAGCUCUCCUCCCGCACGCUUCCCUGUGUCUUCCUUGGCUUUGUCCCUGACGCGCCUGGCUGGCAGUUUUACCACCCCACCUCGCGCCGGGUCUUCGCCUCUCAGGAUGUCACCUUUGACGAGUCGGUGUCUCUCAGGUAG